AAAACAGAAGCUGAGAUAUCCCGACUUCUAGUGUGGAAGAUGGGUCAAGCCACAAAGACACUGGAUCCUACGUUUCCCAUGAUGCAAGAUGUUAGCAUCUUCCCUAGGUAAACCAUUUUCAUGCAAAAUAGGUUUGGAAUCUGAAUUUGAAAUCUCCAAAAGUCACAGAGGACAUUAUAUGACUGUUUUCAUGGGCUGAGUACAUGUACUCCCUGUGACCACUGAACUGAACUUCACAUUUAAAAUUCAUAUAAAAUUGGAAUGCCCCUUUAAUGGAAAAUGAAAAUAGACUGAAGCAUACCUCACUGGUUUAUAACAGAAAGUAUGUUCUCUGGUCAACCAGACAGACUAUCUGAGCUUCCAGGUUCAAAUGAUACUGUUGUUAAUUAGCUAAGCUAGUUAGUUGGUUCUGCUGAGCUGGUCAUUACGGUAAACCCCAGCCCAGCUGACAGAGACGCCUAAUGACUAAAGAUUAUUUUUGUGCCAGUCCAGAUGAACCUUAUAGGCAGGCAAGUUUGUACAUCAAAUUCUCAAAGGGUUCACUGGUUUAAUGAUUAUAUAAGUUACUGUUGUUAACUUUUUAAUCACUUUUUUUUAUGACAAUCCUGGUUCAAAUAAUAAAAGUCAGCCAUGCAGGCAGCUUAGUGGUGCCUAAGCAAAGACUCACAAUGACAAUGCUAAUGUGCUGAUGUUAAGCAGGUAUAAUGUUUACCUUUUUCACAUCUUAGUUUAGCAUGUUAGCAUAUUAACAUGUGAUAGCACUAAACACAAUGUUCACCUAAGGCUGAUAGGAAAGAAUUAGAUUUGCAAGUACUCAGUCAUUAACCAAAAUAUUGGUUAAACUGAAACUUUGACCUGAUGAUGGCACUAGAUGAAAAGUCAGGAUUCACCGAAGUGAUUACACAACCCAACAGAGAUAUGAAGGUCUGUAUGAAAUUUCAUGGCAAUCUGUCCAAUACCAGUGCAGGUGUUUAAUCUGCUUGAAUUCUACAUUAAAACUAAACACAAAAAGGACCUUUCACUCUUUCACCUUGUUUAAGUUACUGAAUAUGACAGUUUCACACACCUCUCAAAAAUACUUACCAUGCAGCUUUACAAUCCUGAAUUAUAUACUUGUUUUUACACCAAAAGAAUCAAAAUUCAUGUAAGGCUCUGUUUGCUUCUGCUUUUGGUUUAAAAUAUAGAGAUGACUGGGAAAUGUCAAAUGACUGAGGUUUCGUGGGACAGAGGAGUUCCUGUUUUAGCUGUAUUUAAGGAGACUGCAAACUGCUGCAUAAGACUAGAUGCCCUGAUGCAUACGACAGGGCUGUAGUCGCGAUCCAGUUUUGCUUUCCAGCGUCCAGUGUUUGAUUUUCCCACAGUAUCUCCAAGAUGCUACUCUCAUGGAUUACAAUAAAACAGAGUCUUAAAGACGUUGGUUUCCUGGCUGUGGAUGUUUUUACAACUGGUAAUAGGGACGGCUUUCGAAGAACUCUCAUCCUCCUCCUGACCUGCAGCUUCUCCAGCCUCUUGCUCAGCACCCUGCUCUUCCUGUACCUCCUCUUCACCCUGGACUAUAAGACAUCAGUGGCUGGAGGGAUUACUGGCUGCUUUGGGACAUUACUUACUGUUGCUCUCUUCUCAUCAAAGAGAGUAAGAUGCUUAGGGACACUAUUUGUGAUCUCUAUUUUCAUGAAGAAGAGUCGGAACUUGCUGCUAACUGCGGGGACUGGUUUAGUGGUCGUUAAAAAUGUCAGCAACACCUUGGAGAACCUCACAGGCCUCCUCAGGAGUAUGAUUUGCAACCUGAAGGCAAAGAAAUCAGCCAUCUUAGCUCCAUUCAAUAAUUAUGUCGAGAUGUUGAAGUGGAUAGGAAACAUGCUCAAAGGGGUUACAGACCUGGGAGUAUUGAACCUGGACUCCCAGCUCAAGGUUUCACUCAGACUGGAAUCACAAAAAUUAGAGGAGACACUCAGCGAGGCAGAGCAGAAGCUGAACAAGACUGUAAAAUGUGCACAGUCCCUCGUGAACACAGUGUCCUCCGUGACCGACAGGCUGUUUCCCGCCAUCAGCUUCCUCAUGCUCAUGAUGUUCAUAGCCUUGCACAUAAAAAGAUACUGCAACGACAUGAAAUACGAAAACAGGUUCAUCAGCGGCAAACUUGUCCAUUUUGAUGAGAAGCAGAAGAUGGAAGGAAAGACUCACAUUCUCCCCCUCACACCUGAGGAGAGGAAGCUGUACACUCCUAUCCCCUCUGCCCGUCCCACCGCCAGAGAGAGGAAAGCUGUGAUGAAGUUUGGUGUUUCAAUUGUCUCCCAUUUUGUAGCUUGGGUCAUAUUUAUAGCUGUGGAUGCCUUGUUGUACUACUUUGUUGAUAUUGUAACAACAAAGUUAUCAGAGCUGGAACCAUUCCAUGUUCCCUUGUUAAUGAGCAUCAAAGGAAUUGCAACUUUAAUUGGUAUACCAUUUAGUGAGGAAAAUCACCAAAACAACUUUUCCUACUCUGUGACCUUGUUCGAAAAGAGGUGCCUCCCUAAACCUAAGCUGCUGCUCUCUAGCUCCAUAUUUCCACUGGCUGUCAUCCUGCUCACCUUGCUCAUUAUGACUCUAAUGGCUGCCAAAGUGGCCCAGCUCAGGCUGAUGGUCUGUGAGCGAUUCUUCUCCACUGCUGCAGAGGAGAGAGUGGAGUACCUGCACGCCAAAAUCCUGCGCAAGAGAUUAAAAAUGAGGAAGGAGAGAAACAACUGCAGCCCCAGAUCACUAUUUAUUAAGGUUUGCAUGUAUUACAGAAUACUGAUAGAGAAUAAUAAUAAUAAUAAUAAGAGAAGGUUGGAAAUGUCAUCUUUAAUCUUUUUUCUUUUCUCAUCAGCCCCAUUUCUGGUGCCCUCUGCUCUUUCGACCCAAAGAGGAUCCACAGGGUACGGUGUGAGGAAAUCAUUGUUUCUAUUACAAACAUUGCUUUUUUAGUCAUGCCAGUGACCCUGGUGAUGGCAGUGAUGGUCUUUCAAUCAGUCCAUCCAGUAGCUACUGGAUGGAUGAAGUUUUGUUUGGCCACAAUGCCACUGACUUUGAUGAUACCCUGGCUUUUCAUCAAGCUCCAUAGUGAGGUUGACAUAGCAAAAUGUCUCAACAAUAUAGGAUGGACUGCUAUGAAAUGUGGCACAGGCCCAGAAAUGAAUCCUAAUGACUUUGGUGAUCAUCUGGCUUUUUAUCUACCAAUGACAUGGCUCUGGGUGGGAUUUAAAUGACAGGAGGACCAGCAAGUUCACUGAAAAACAGCAGGGUAUUAUAGCUGUAAUUAUGACCAAGGUGGGGUUGAAAAAUUAUCCACAUACACACUCUAGCCCAGAUAAUGUAAAAGAUAAUUAACAAUUAAUGUUGUGACUGAUUGCUAGAGAUGGGACCCAUAGACCCAUGUGUAUUAAGUGCUCAUACCUGCACAUUUGUUCCCCUUGUAGACCAAAUGUCUUCAAUAAAAACCACUUGGGCUGGCCACACAUGGAGCUUAUGCCUUACCUAGCCACUGAUGGAGACUCAAAGUAAGCUCCAGUAACCCACUGCCAGCCAGCCAUUAGUUUUAUUACUUCUUAUUAUUCAUUAAAAACACACACACACAAAUACAAGCACUCAUUAUGUGAGAGUUACAAUAGCUUAGAUUGCAAGUCGUUCUCAUUAUAUGUGAAAGAAUCAAUGAUCCCCUGACUCUUGCUCCAGAGCCAUCAGGUUAACAUUAGUGGUUCAGUGAAAUGUCUCAACAACUAAUGGCACUAAAUUUAGUACAGACAUUCACGCCACCCUCAAGAUGAAUUGUUCUAAGCUGUGUCAUCCUUGGCCAUUGGUUUGGGAUCAAACUCAUGACAUCAGUUUCAUUUCUACUUUGUGUUUAAUGCUCAUUAGUAAGUAACAUGGCAUUAUGCUAAACAAAGAUGGUGAACGUGAUAAACAUGGUUUGACUGUAGACUCUUAGUCUUGUCUUUUGUACUGCAGUGAAUAUUUCUGUUAAUAAAUACAUGCUGUUCAAACACUGUGUCCCAUUAAUUGUCAACAGUCCUUUUCCUGUACUGUAUCACUGAAUAUUACAAUAGUUCAUUAAGUGAUAUCAUAUUACAUAACAGGUCAGUCUACCAAUUGACACUGAUGGUAACCAUGGAGAAUGGUUUACAGAGGGAACACUUUCACAAUGAUGGCCAACCAAUUAUAGCUCAAAAAUCAAGAUGUUAUUCAAUUAAGAUUAGCCUCAGUGAGCACUCAUCAACCUGAAAUGUCAUUUUACUUGACAGAGACAUUACAUACACAUUACAUCAUGUUCAUUAUAUAACAAAGCAGAUGACACUAUUCCGUGACUAUCUACCCCAAAAUGUGAGCAUAAGAUAAUUGAAUAUACAGUACACAUUAGUACAGAUUAUUUACCAAUGGUCAAAAUAAAGUAACAAUAUAUUAAAUACCACAAACGCUCCAGGCUUUUAGAUGUUUUUUCCCCCUCAAAUCUAAGUUUGUGAUCAUGGAUUCAGUGAAUCCUAUUAUUCAUAAACACUUCACUGUAUUUCUGUAAGACAGAGCACAAACAGCUUUAAAUAACCAUAAAUACAGAGGCAGACUUUGGUAUUUUACCCCUGUGUCUAAUGCUCCCCUGCAGAGUGUAGAACAGCAAUACUUACUUACAUAAUCAAAGACAGAUGUCCCCCGCAUGUGCAGUGAACAGCACUGUCCUGGUUUCCAUGUAUGUACUGUCACUGUUCAUUAACAUCUCACAGGUGUUACUGUCGUCACCUAGUACAGAGAUGUACCACGGAAUCUGACAACAUAAGCAGUGAUGGAGGUUUAGUUUAAAUUUUUGUAUUACAGUACUGAAAGAAUCCAAACUGUAAGUACGUACCUGCCUUAUUAUGGUUCCAUUUUCUGAUAACUCUUUACAAGGUAUUUACACAGUAUUUAUGAGGAGUAACUGAUAGAUUUAUUAUGGGUUAGUAAAUAAUGUACCAAUGCUUUCUAGAUUAGUUACUUUGCAACUAACAAGAUACAUGUCAUUAAUAAGAACCCAGUCUGUUGUUCAGUUUUGAAAACUGGCUUUGGCUGGUGUUUAUCUUCCUCCAUGAUAGAUUAUUGUGAAAAUGUACAAAAAGAAAAAAAAGAAAUGUCAUUGAAAACAUAUUGAAAUUGAUAACUCAACAGACUUGAUCAUUUAAAAAUUGUUCACUGAUGAAUUAUAAAUAUUUGCAACUGCAUUAUUACUAACAUACACCAUAAAAAGGGAUUUUAUCUAUGAAGCCAUUCUUACAACUUACAAACUCAGUGGUACUAUUCUUGUUAACCUUGUAAAACUUGUAAAACUACUUUUUGGGCACUUUUUGCACAAUAUUGCAGCAUCCAGAGGUGGGCGUACACAGGAAAGCUGACUCAUGGGCAAGAGAGUCAUUUUGUGGGUGUUCCUCCAUUGUUACUGAUGUCAUUGUAUUUUACAUUAUAAUGUCUCUACUGUUUCCACAAUUCCAUUGUGUGGCUAUACAAAAGUUUCCAAGAGUGAAUGUGGUUACACCAUGAGUGAUGUUGUGUGCAUGAUGAGUGACCUGACCCCAAAGUGUUCUAGUUGUCCUCAGUCUGGACACUAAACCAAAUGUUUCUUGAUGAACAGAACACAACUUGCAAAGCAAAAUUUUAAAAAUAAAAUAUUUAAAACAUUUUAAAAAGGCAAUGACAUGUUCCUCUUCAAAUUGAUUUUAGUUCUCCUAAAACGGUUUGACUUAUGAUUUUCAGUUAUGAAUGGAAUUAUGUUUAUUCAAUAUUUUAUGUGAAUCAUUACCUAAAUUUUUCUAAGUUCUGUAAAAAAUGUAAAAAAAAAUUAAAAAUCAGUGUAUUCUUCCUUGUUAUUGCCAUCUGAUUAAAUCCACUAAAG